AUGGGGGAGAAGUUGAUGGCUAUGGUAGCGUGGGAUAGUAAGGGGGAUGUGAGCAGUAUGUGGGAUAGGACAGCCAGUUCCAUUAGGAAAGCAGCUAGAGAGGUAUUGGGGGUCUCACGAGGCCGCCGUGGUGAGCACCGAGGGGAUUGGUGGUGGAAUGGAGAAGUCCAAGGGAAGGUAGAAACAAAAAAGCAUGCAUACGUGAAGUUGGUAGAUAGCAAGGAUGAUGAAGAGAAGCGGACGAACAGGGAAAAGUAUAAGAUGGCAAGAAAGGAGGCGAAGUUGGCAGUUUCGGCGGCUAAAACGGCAGCCUUUGAAUGCCUUUAUGUAGAACUAGAGGACAGAGGUGGGGAUAAGAAGAUAUUUAAGCUCGCCAAGGCGAGAGAGAGGAAGUCACGUGACUUGGAUCAAGUGAAGUACAUCAAGGACGAGGAUGGCCAAAUGUUGGUACAGGAAACUCGCAUUAGACAGAGAUGGCAGUCAUACUUUCAUGAACUCUUGAACGAAAGAGGAGACAGAGACAUUGUGUUGGGAGACUUGGAGCACUCUGAUAGGCAUCGCGACUUUGGUUAUUAUAGGAGUAUUAAGGUCAAGGAGGUGAAGGGAGCUGUUCGUAGGAUGCGCAGGGGAAGAGCGACCGGACCUGACGAGAUUCCUGGGGAAUUCUGGAAGAAUGCAGGCAAGGUAGGCUUGGAGUGGCUGACUGGGUUGUUUAAUGUCAUUUUCAAGACAACAAAGAUGCCAGAAGAAUGGAGGUGGAGUACAAUGAUUCCCGUGUACAAGAACAAAGGAGAUAUUCAAAGCUGCAACAACUAUAGAGAGAACAUACUGGAUACUACUAUGGGAAGUUUGGGACCCAUCACCAGGAAGAAAGCAAACUUACUCGGACAACAAGCAUCUCAAGUGUCGUCUGUAUCAGUUCCCAUCUUUGAACUUCAAUCCUCAAAGGGGGCAAGAGUCUUCCCGAAUGAAUUGGAAGAAGGAGAGAAUAUCGCUAACAUCAUUGAAAAGACAUUGGCUUUUCUUAGCCCAAUUCAAACUAAGAAUCUCAUCAUUCAAGAUAGUGAAGAUGCGUUGGUCAUCAUAUCUGACCUAAUCACUCCACGCAAUCUUUUCAGCUCAAAUUUCAGUUUGAGGGAAAAUCCAUGUUAUGCUCUAUCAUCUGCAACAGCCAUCUAA